AUGCUCGCAGUCACCGCCUCGUUUCUUCUCGUCUUCUGCUGCACAGUGCUGGAUGCACAGAAUGCUCUAGAAACUGUUGAAGCAGGCAAGGAUGACCAUGAGGACCCCUAUAAAAUACCCACCUCGGCUAAUAUCGUAUUCGAUUUCUCUGCCAUGAGUAAAAAUGCUGUGUAUUUACUCUCCAAGCCAUCCGUCUUCAACGCUGAUUACAACAUUUCCGUUGCGGUUUGCGACCUCUUAAUUACAUACCUAGCUGAGAUCCGACACGCCGAGAGUUUGAAGUUCAUUGCGUCAUUUCUCGACACGUUUCCGGAUGUCACGAAGGUGUACAUUGGCGGGAAAAGAACCAAUAAGAAAUGGGCUUACGGAACGGGCGAGGAGGUUCAGUUUUUUGAUUGGGCAAAGGGGAGCCCUAAGCAAGAGAACUGCAUCGUUUUGACCAAAGCGACGGGAUGGAAAAUGGAGGAUUACUCGUGUACCCUUAAGGGAGGUGAUCCGAGGUUUUUGUGCGAGUUAAACAUAGCACUUCUAGCCAGUGAUGCGGAUUUCUCAGAUCUGUAGUCUACACCAUUAUGUUUGUUGUACAAUUUAACUCUGGAGCAUUAGAGAAAAUAAAUCUGUUACCAUUGUACACAACAGUUUAAUAUUAUUAAGUAUGCAUAGAAAUGUUCAGAAAAACAAACCGUUAAACCCUUGUCGUAAACAAUUUUAAAACCUGGAGAUAAAGCAGUCUGAUUCUAAACAUGUAGGGCCUACACCUAUAAAUACACUCACAUAGGAUAUAUAUAUAUAUAUAUAUAUAU